AUGACGAACUGGGAAAAGGGCCAUUACAUCAACUACAAGAAAAUGUCGGAAAACCUCGCCGUCGUCCGAAGCAGACUCAACCGGCCGUUGACCUACGGCGAGAAAAUCCUCUAUUCCCACUUGGACGACCCUCACGGACAAGACAUCGAACGGGGGGCGUCAUAUCUGAGACUCAGACCCGAUCGAGUGGCUUGUCAAGAUGCUACCGCACAGAUGGCCAUUCUUCAAUUCAUGUCCGCUGGCAUGCCUUCCGUUGCAACCCCGACUACCGUCCACUGCGAUCAUUUAAUCGAGGCUCAGAUCGGUGGAGAGAAGGAUUUGAGCAGAGCGAAGGAUAUCAACAAGGAGGUGUAUGAUUUCUUGUCCUCCGCUUGCGCCAAGUAUAACAUUGGGUUCUGGCGACCUGGCUCUGGCAUUAUCCACCAGAUCGUUCUCGAAAACUACGCUUUCCCGGGUGGCCUGAUGAUCGGAACAGACUCACACACGCCAAAUGCUGGCGGUCUUGGUAUGGCUGCAAUCGGUGUUGGCGGUGCUGAUGCUGUUGAUGUCAUGGCCAAUCUCCCUUGGGAAUUGAAAGCACCUAAGUACAUUGGUGUCAGGUUAACUGGCGAGAUGUCCGGCUGGACUGCUCCCAAGGAUAUCAUCCUCAAGGUGGCAGGCAUCUUGACUGUAAAGGGUGGCACUGGAGCUAUUGUUGAAUAUCAUGGUCCUGGAACCAACACUUUGUCUUGCACUGGCAUGGGGUAUAUGGGUGCUGAAAUUGGAGCAACCACAAGUUUGUUCCCCUUCAACGACCGCAUGUACGACUACCUAGCCGCUACCAAACGUGGGGCAAUUGGCGACUUCGCUCGCAGCUACGCCGCAGAGCUUCAUGAGGAUGAGGGUGCUGAGUACGACCAGCUCAUCGAAAUCAAUCUUUCAGAGCUCGAGCCGCACAUCAACGGACCCUUCACCCCUGACCUAGCAACUCCCAUCUCCAAGUUCAAGCAGGCAGUCAAGGACAACAAGUGGCCUGAGGAACUCAAGGUUGGCCUCAUCGGGUCUUGCACAAACUCUUCCUAUGAAGACAUGUCUCGCGGAGCCUCAAUUGCCCAGGAUGCUAUGGAUCAUGGCGUCAAGGCCAAGUCGCUCUUUACCGUCACACCAGGAUCAGAACAAAUCCGUGCGACGAUCGAACGCGACGGUCAACUCAAGACUUUCGAGGAGUUUGGCGGAAUUGUCCUUGCCAAUGCUUGCGGUCCCUGCAUCGGGCAAUGGGACCGUCGGGACGUGAAGAAGGGAGAACCCAACUCGAUCAUCUCCUCAUAUAACCGAAAUUUCACUGGCCGAAAUGAUGCGAACCCUGCUACCCAUUCGUUUGUUACGUCUCCAGACCUGGUCGUCGCCAUGACCAUUGCUGGCACCCUCAACUUCAAUCCUCUCACGGAUACCUUGAAGGACAAGGACGGAAAUGAUUUCAAACUCAAGCCACCAACCGGUGACGGCUUACCGAAGAACGGAUAUGACCCCGGUCAGGAUACCUAUCAACCCCCACCAGAGGAGCGUGAGUCGGUUCAAGUGCAGGUCUCUCCAACCUCCGACCGUCUUCAGGUUCUCCAGCCAUUCGAACCUUGGGACGGCAAAGACUUCCAAGAUCUCCCUAUCCUCAUCAAGACCAAGGGCAAGACCACCACUGACCACAUCUCCAUGGCUGGUCCCUGGCUCAAAUAUCGUGGUCACCUCGACAACAUCAGCAAUAAUAUGUUGAUCGGUGCCAUCAACGCCGCCAACGGCGAGGCCAACAAGGUCAAGAACUUCAAGACUGGUGAGUACGAUGCUGUGCCUGCUACUGCGCGUCAGUACAAGAAGGAAGGGAUCAAAUGGGUCGUCAUCGGCGAUUACAAUUACGGUGAAGGUUCUUCGCGAGAACACGCCGCCCUUGAACCCCGCCAUCUCGGUGGCAUCGCCAUCAUCACCCGAAGCUUUGCACGUAUCCACGAGACCAACCUAAAGAAGCAAGGCAUGUUGCCCUUGACCUUCUCCAACCCUGAGGAUUAUGACAAGAUCAAUCCCGACGACAAGGUCGAUCUUCUGGUCACUGGCUUGGAAGUCGGCAAGCCCUUGAUCAUGAAGGUACACCCCAAGGAUGGCGAGCCAUGGGACUGCGAGUUGUCUCACACAUUCAAUGCCGGUCAAAUCGAAUGGUUCAAGAACGGUAGCGCUUUGAACACGAUGGCCAAGAAUCAGAAAGGAAACUAA